CCUCGUCGUCGUCGCUUCAUCGCUUCAUCCGCUCCAUCGCUCGACUUGACGAGAGAAAGCCGCACUCAGUGUGCGCCGCCUGACCUCUCUGUACCUCCGGCGGGCAAGCAGCAAACAUAGCCUAUUCCAGGCCGCUCUUUGCUCGCUGCUGCUGCUGCUGCUGCUGCUCUUUAUCCUUCGUCCCCAACACCGCCCACCGCCUACCGCGGACGCACAGCCAAACCAACGCCCGAAGGCGCCUGCUUCUCAUCUGAUCAGGGCAGGGCCAGGGACAGCUGCCGCCGUACGUGGGGAAGAGAGUCAGACAAGAGCAAGAGCAAAGCAGAGGGCCUACAUAUCAUCAUGCCGCCGCCGCCGAUGAGAUUGCACGGCGUCGCCUCGUCUUCUUCUCCCUCGUCCCUCUCUCCUCGUCAUCCAUUUGUGCGAGCAAACUCCAACGUCGACGACGACGAAGACGAUUAUCGAAGAGCGAGCAGCGUUGCAAUGUCGUCCAAUCACAACAACAACAACCACAAUGACGGACAGACAGGAGCAGGAGCAGCAUCAGCGACAGCAGCAACAGCAUCAUUAUCAUCAUCAUCAUCAGCAGCAUCAUCCCCACCAUCACUACCGCAAUAUCAACCACCCACAACAUCCUCCUCCCUCUUCUCAUUAAGACCAUCAUCCCGCGCUGAAGUCAGGGGAGCGCCCUCCGCGCCCGUCGACCGCAGAGACAGUGGCAGCGGUAGAUCCAUUGCUUCGACAUCGACGAGUGGACAACACUUCUUUGAGCCGCUGCUGCAGCAACUGACGGAUGUAAAGAUGCCAUCAGCUCCAAAGGAAAAGUCAUCCCUCGACCUCGAGAACGGCAGCAACGAUGAUGGCGAGAGGGCGGCCUUCCUGUACCCUUCUGCGUCUGCAUCCUCGUCAACGACGGGUGGCCCUAGCAGGACAUCGACGCCAUUCACCGAUGCAGGAGGAGGUGAUGCCGUCAUCUCGAUGGACCACGAAACGAGCCCACCGUCUCGCCAUCACAAGAAGGUGCCAUCAUGGGCCACUGCCUCGGCAUCCAUAGACGGAGGAGUAGCAGAGGAAGAUUAUGCACGACCUCCUGCGCCAUGGUCGAGCUUCUUGAGUAGAUCAAAGGGCUAUCAUCGCAUUGAAACCAACAACAGCAUACCUUCACCAAAGACGCCAACGGCCAUGUAUCCUGGCCGCCCUUGGCAGCAGCAGCAACAUCACCAUCAACGUCGCUUCUCCCUAGCUAUGCUCAAGUCGCCUCGCUCUCAAUUGCUGCCCCACAUGCGCCGCUCAUUAGAGACGUGCCUCACCUCGUACCAUCCAGCCAAAGUCAUUGCCGCCCUCCUCUUCGUUGCCGCCUUCAUCGCCUCAACUACUCUCCUCAUCAUCUUCAUCCUCAACCCUGACAAACAGCCAAAGCCCUGGCGAAGCUUCUGUGCCCAGCAACAGGUCUUCCCUCAUGCUGUGGCCGACUCACUCGCGCCCGUUGACGUCAUCAUGGGCGUCAUGACCGUCGACUCCAAGUUUGACCGCCGAUCUGCGAUUCGCCAGACGUACGCCAAGCAUACCAGGCCCAUCGACCCGGUGUCAGGUGAGCCUCUGGCCAAUGUCCAAGUCAAGUUUGUCCUGGGACGACCGCGAAAGCAGUUUGCGCGUCGCAUCGCUCUGGAGAUGGAAAUGUACAACGACAUUGUCAUCCUCGACAUCAAGGAGAACCAAGGAGCGGGCAAGACGCACGCCUGGUUCCAGUGGGCGGCAGAGAACGGUACGGUUCCCAUCGUGCGGCCAGCGAGCGGCGAGGGCGGCUCGCACGACGUCGCUUGGAAGAGGGCAGACUACGUAGGCAAAGCAGACGACGACGCCUUCAUCGUCCUCUCGGAGCUGGAGCGUCACCUUCGCGUGGCGCCGCGCAAGCUGACCUACUGGGGCUACCUCAUCAAGGACUGGUUCAUGGGCGGCGAGGCCUACGCCAUCUCUGCCGACCUCGUCGACUACAUUGCCACGUCUCCUGUGGUGGCGUCUCACGCAUCGGGCAAAGAGGAUACGCAGACGGCGCGCUGGAUGAGACAGCAUCCUCGCUCUCACGAGAUCCACUACGUAUCGGAGCGAUGCUACAUCUACGACCACCCGAAGGCAGGAACAGCUUACUCUCAUGGCUACUUGUUCCCGGACGAGGUGGCCAAGAUCAAGCUUGAGGUGCAGCGCGGCCUGCCAGAGCAUGUUGUUCGAGCUCGAGGAGGCGCGACGGCAGCGCAGUGGUACUCGACUGUCUCCAAGUGGCAUACCAAAUGGCAGCCGCGCAAGAAGGACUUGACCAUCGAGGAGGAGCUCGAAUCGCUCGUCGAGGGUGGAGGGAUGUAUGCUGCGUCUGGGUGGAAGAAUGGGCAGCCCAAGGCGAGCGUGGAUCGUCACGAAGUCUUCUUCGAGAGCGACGAUGAGCGGCUCAAGUUCCCGUCGACUCGAAAGGUGUCGAGCGGCGUGGCUGCUACAUCGGCGCGGAUCAUGGAGGACUGGAGGCUGAGCGCGGAUUCUCACUUGACCAUCUACGCGCCUUUCAAUGACUCGUCGCCCGCGUCACAUCGUAGGCACGACGAGGAGGACGCAAGCGAGAUCGUCGUCGACGAGGCGGCCAGCGAGGAUGAGCAGCCCGUGACGCCUGCGCUGCUCGAUCAUCUGCCCCUUGUUGGGGCUCUCAGGCAUCUGACUGGCGGCGCAGCAGAUCGUGACGAUCCGAGGAAGCGGCAACGUGUGCCGUGGGCUGAGGAACACCUCACAGCUAGCCGCGAGCGCUCACAGCGUUUGCCCCUUCCGUAUCCGGCGACGAGCUUCCCGCUAGCCAACGGUUCGAGCAUCGAGCUGGCCGAGCUUCGUUCUCAACGCUAUUUGCACCACGGCGAUGCGGCGCGCGGCCACAUGAGGGGAGGGACCGUCGUUGUGCACUACCUGAAGCGCAACGAGUGGUUCAUGGAGACGGCGCUGCUGCUUGUGGGCAAGGACCGGUUGAGGGGCGAUGCGGCAGGAGGGGCGUGGACGAUGUGGGGCAGCCCGAGAUUGCCGUGAGGCGCAGCGCUAGAGAUGUAGCAGUGGGCGCCUGACAAGGCAGGCCUACACGUAAAUAGUCAUAUCGAUUCGUUACAAGGUACAACAUGAGGAGCGGGACGUUGACGCGUAGUGACCGAGAGCAGCAAUGCAUCUUGCCGCCCUCACUUGGUCUUGUCCCGAUCCACAAACUCCCAGUCGAGACAAUCCUGACACUUGCUCUGAUCGCUCAACUCGGGCACCUCGCCGAUGCGGUCUAACCACUCGUCAUCCUUGUCCUUGCCCUUACUUCCCUUCCAUGGCCACCAAGACGCCCUACCACUGCCCCCCUUCUUGACGCUCUUCCCCUUCUCCCUUCUCA